GACGACGUUCAAGAAUCGGGGAUAGUUUUCCCGUAAUUUCUUACGUUAUUUUUAACAAAACUGCGUAGUUAAUUUAAAAUGCAGCAAGUCACAGUGUUCAUGGAUAUCGAAAGCUCUCGUUCUUACGUCGACGAACUGUACUCAACGGACCCGGAAAAAAUAAUAGAGGCGUUGAUCGCUUUGAAGAACUCGGUCAUAGGCAGCAACAGGCAAAAAAGUUCGGUCAUUCAACAAGGCAUAGUUCCAAGGCUGCUUCAACUAAUGAGCGAUGACUGCCUCGAUCCAGACAUACGGCUCGAAGCGACAAUAACAAUCGGAUCAUUGGCAAAAGGGACACAUGAGAAUGUUCAAGCUCUCGUAGAACAGAAGACAGCGGUGUACCUGGUAGACCUUCUAAAGAAUAUUCCGAUUGAGACUAAGCAGGCUGAGGCAUGUCUGUGUGUGUUACGCAGCAUAUUCCUUCAUCAGCCAGCACCUGUAUCUGCUAUACCACAUGACAUGAAAGUGUUGUCUAGGCUUACGCAGAUAGCCCACGAAGGCUCACCCACCGCUCGCAGCUGCACCAUCCGCAUACUGUCAGUGUGGUGCGCCGGCCCGCCUGAGCAGGACGCGUUAUGUGCAGCCGGCGCCUGCGUGGCCGUCGCCGAAUCCCUAGCCGCGCCACCGCCGAGGGCCCUGCCUGCUCUAGACCUGCUCAGCGCCAUGUGCUUUGAAAACGCGAGCGUCGCUCAAGCGGCUCUGACGACGAGGCACGGCGACAAAACUAUUCCUGAGCUACUGAUGACGCUAGUAUCGCGUGACAAACCGCUACCCGUCGCGAUGGCGGCCGCGCGCUGUCUCACCUUCAUACAUAGAGCGGGCGCGCUGCCGGCUGAUGACUCCAGAGUGGUGUUCGGUGCUCUGCCAUGUCUCGCGCGUCUAUGUACUAAGGACAUGCCGGAGGAUAUCAGAGCAACUGCCGCCGAGACCUUGGCCUAUUUAGCAGAGGUGGACACAUCACUCCAGCGGCUAGCGGCUAUAUCGAACCACCUGAUGAGUUCUCUAGCGGAUAUAGUCAACUGUUCGUCAGCGGCGGCCAAGCAGGGUGCGUUCAAAUGUUUCGCCUCGCUCGGGGCUAACGAUGAGGACAUCAGGAAGAGGAUCAUAGAGACCCACGGGUUGAUGGUGCAUGUUGUGAAUGGGAUGAACAAUCCGGAACCACUGGUGAGACUAGCAGCUGUCCGGUGUUUACAUUCUCUGUCGAGAUCAGUUCAACAGCUGAGGACUACCUUCCAGGACCACUGCGUGUGGCGGCCGCUGAUGGCGUUGCUGGCGGCGGCGCCAGGCGCGGAGCUGCUCACUGUGGGCUCCUCCACGCUCUGCAACCUGCUGCUAGAGUUCUCCCCUGCCAAGGAGCCCAUGCUGGACCAGGGUGCCGUAGAGAUGCUGUGCAACUUGACGCGGCGGCCGGAGGCGGCGCUGCGACUGAACGGCAUAUGGGCGCUCAUGAACAUGGCUUUCCAGGCAGAGCAGAAGGUCAAGCAGCGGAUCCUGAUGUGUCUAGGCACGGAGCAGAUGUUCCGUCUGCUGGCCGACCCCGACACGCGCGUCAUCAUGAAGACGCUCGGCCUGCUGCGCAACCUGCUGUCCACUCGCCCGCACAUUGACGCCAUCAUGGCAGAGUACUCCUCGCAGGUGAUGCAGGCGGUAAUAGUGGUGCUAGAAGGCUCGUACCCCGCCGAAGUGAAGGAGCAGGCUCUGUGUAUACUCGGCAACAUCGGUGAUGGGGAAAAGGCCAAGGAUUUGAUAAUGGCCAACGAAGACGUCCUGCGGAAAUUGGUGGAUUAUUUAGCGCAUCCUGAAAGCAAGCUCCAGGAAGCGGCGUUAUUCGUGGCGGGCAAUCUUGUGUGGCGCGGGGAGGCGGGCGCGGUGGCGCGGCAGGCGCGGCUUGCGGAGCUCGGCGUGCUGCGGGCGCUCAAACUGCUGCGCUCGCGGCACGACGCUGUACACCUGCAUGACAAAGUGAAAACGGCACUGGACCAAUUCAAUGAGUUCACUUAAGCCCCGCCAGUUGUCGCUAGAUGUCGCUAGUUGUAAGCGAGUGAUCUAUCCAGUCAUGUAAAUGCUAAGUAUUUAUGUAUAUAGCUAAGAUCGACGGUUGUCACAGUACUGUGUUUUAUUUAUCAGUCAACGGCUCAAGAACUAUUUAGGAUUUUUAUUAUACUGUCUUUACUAUUUACUUGUCCCAUUACAAGUUGUUUUGUCGCACUUCUUACAUAUUAUAAAACAAAGUCGCUUUUUUCCCUC